CACGCCCCGCCUACCGCUUCCAGAACGGCGGGGUCCGGACUGCCAGCCUACGCACGUGGUCUGUCCGUCUCCUGACUCCGCGAUCCGGCGCAGCAUGGCUCCCUCCCAGCUUGCCCUGUUCAGUGUGUCUGACAAAACUGGCCUUGUGGAAUUUGCCAGAAACCUCGCGUCUCUUGGUUUGAGUCUGGUCGCUUCCGGAGGCACGGCCAAAGCAAUCAGGGAUGCUGGCCUGGCAGUCAGAGAUGUGUCUGAGCUAACAGGGUUUCCGGAAAUGUUAGGGGGGCGUGUGAAAACCUUGCAUCCUGCUGUCCAUGCUGGAAUCUUGGCCCGCAAUAUUCCAGAAGAUGCUGCUGACAUGGCCAGGCUUGAUUUCAACCUUAUAAGAGUUGUUGUCUGUAACCUGUACCCCUUCGUGAAGACUGUGGCUUCUCCAGAUGUGACUGUUGAGGCAGCUGUUGAGCAAAUUGAUAUUGGUGGCGUGACCUUACUAAGGGCUGCAGCCAAAAACCAUGCUCGAGUGACAGUUGUCUGUGAACCAGAGGACUAUGCGGUGGUGGCUGCAGAGAUGCAGGGCUCUGAUAGUAAGGACACCUCCCUGGAGACCAGGCGCCACUUGGCCUUGAAGGCAUUCACUCAUACCGCUCAAUAUGAUGAAGCGAUUUCAGAUUACUUCAGGAAACAGUACAGUAAAGGAAUUUCUCAGAUGCCCUUGAGGUAUGGGAUGAACCCCCAUCAGACUCCUGCCCAGCUGUAUACACUGAAGCCCAAGCUUCCCAUCACAGUUCUCAACGGAGCCCCAGGGUUCAUAAACUUGUGUGAUGCUUUGAACGCCUGGCAACUGGUGACAGAACUGAGAGGAGCAGUAGACAUUCCAGCCGCAGCUUCUUUCAAGCAUGUCAGCCCAGCAGGUGCUGCUGUUGGGGUUCCACUCAGUGAGGACGAGGCCAGAGUCUGCAUGGUCUAUGACCUCUAUCCGACCCUCACACCCCUGGCCAUUGCCUAUGCAAGAGCAAGAGGAGCCGACAGGAUGUCUUCAUUUGGUGAUUUUGUUGCAUUAUCUGAUGUCUGUGAUGUCCCAACUGCAAAAAUUAUCUCCAGAGAAGUGUCAGAUGGUAUUGUUGCCCCGGGAUAUGAAGAAGAAGCCUUGAAAAUACUUUCUAAAAAGAAAAAUGGAAAUUACUGUGUUCUUCAGAUGGACCAGUCCUACAAACCGGAUGAAAAUGAAGUUCGAACACUCUUUGGUCUUCGUUUAAGCCAGAAGAGAAAUAAUGGUGUCGUUGACAAGUCGUUAUUUAACAAUAUUGUCACCAAGAAUAAGGAUCUGCCGGAGUCUGCCCUCAGAGACCUCAUUGUUGCCACCAUCGCUGUCAAGUAUACUCAGUCUAAUUCCGUGUGCUAUGCCAAGGACGGGCAGGUUAUUGGCAUCGGAGCAGGACAACAGUCUCGGAUACACUGCACACGCCUUGCAGGUGACAAAGCAAACUCUUGGUGGCUUCGACACCACCCACGAGUGCUUUCCAUGAAGUUUAAAGCUGGGGUGAAGAGAGCAGAAAUCUCCAAUGCCAUUGAUCAGUAUGUGACCGGCACCAUUGGUGAGGGUGAAGACCUGGUGAAAUGGAAAGCACUGUUCGAAGAGGUUCCUGAGUUACUCACUGAGGCAGAGAAGAAGGAGUGGAUCGACAAGCUGAGUGGCGUGUCUGUCAGCUCCGAUGCCUUCUUUCCUUUCAGGGAUAAUGUAGACCGAGCUAAAAGGAGUGGUGUGGCCUACAUUGUUGCUCCAUCGGGAUCUACCGCUGACAAGGUUGUGAUCGAGGCGUGUGACGAGCUGGGGAUCGUCUUGGCUCAUACAGACCUCCGGCUCUUCCACCACUGACCGUAGCCGACAUUGUUCCUGUUCGCAGAUAAUCGUGUGCGAUCUUGAAAGUCCUCUUUUUAAAGAGUCAUUUGUAUCUUAAUAUUUGGGUCUAUGGUUUUAGGUAGUUGGGUCUUACUUAUUUGAAAAGUAUAGCUUUUUAGCCUGAGACACCAUGUGCAGAGGCUUGUUUCUGCAAAAACCUGAAAGCAUCCCUCCCUCCUGGAGCCAGCUUUCAUGAAAACUCCCUGUGAGACACCUAAGCGCAGGUAACCAGGAGAAGCCAAGCUGCCUUAUGAUGACACGUCCCCCCCUGCGGACUGCUCUCCCCGGGGCUUCUUUCUUCGUGCCUCUCAGAAGCUUGGCUGUCUGUCAGGAGGCAAACAGCCAAUUAUCCCCUGGGAACUGGAUCCUUAGCGGGAUCUAGAUAAUGCUGAUACGCUCUCUCUCCAGAACUGCUUAAAACUUCUGUUAGCUACUUGGUAUACCUGUUUGGUACAAACCUACAAAUGGCCCAGUGUUCUACUAGAGCUUUUCACCCAAAGUGAGCAGAUAAGAACUCGGGGUGUGGGGGAAGGGGUGUCAGUGCCUCCCCGUACCAGGCAGGACAUAACUGGAUCUGUGUCCCUGUGUUUGUAGGCCUGACUGUUCACACAGAGGUUGCCUGUGGUCAGCUGUAACCUUUGGUCAGUUAGCUUUAUGUUAGUUUUGCCUUCUUUCCACUCCUCUAAAUAAAUUUUAAAAGGUUUUGGUUUUGUGGUUA